CUCCCCUUCAUGACUGGAGACAUGUACAAACUAAUCAAAGGGCUAAUGGAGAGGUUCAUGAAGGACACAGCGCUGAAAGAGGCUACUACCAUGCAGAAAAUUCUCCAGAUCAGCAUCAACAAUCCUUCCCUCCACAAGGACGCUUCCAAAAUUGACAUCGGAUUCCAGGCAGAAACAUUAAUCAGACAACUCGGAGGCUCUGACAAGAUCACAGAGAGGCAGGUUCUAGACGUUAGAAUGGAGACCAAGACUUUUCUUAUCGAACUUCUGACUAAACUCCUGCAUAAGGCACCAGUAAAUCACCUGCUGGUGAGAAAUAUGCAGUGUCUAGAUCCCAGGAUGAUGGUUUCUAAGAAGAACCAGUGUGUUGAGAAGAUGAAAAGCAUCCUGCAUACUUUGGCUGCCGCUAACCAAGUGGAUGUUUCAAUUUGUGACAAAGUGCUGCAGGAUUUUAGAGAGUUCCUUGAUGUUGCUGCAGCAUCAUCAGCUUUUGCUGAUUUUGACCCUAUGUCUGACCGUGUUGGCACUCUACUCUAUGAGAACAUUGCUUCCAAGUCUGCAUGGAAAAGUCUUUGGCAUGUGAUCCAAAUUCUCUUGGUCAUGUCCCACGGACAAGCCAGUGUAGAGCGAGGGUUUUCUGUGAAUAAGCAAGUCAUGGUGGAGAAUAUGAAGGCAGAAUCAGUCAUUGCACAGCGUGUGAUUGCCGAUAGCAUUAGGGCAGCAGGUGGCCUUGAGAAAAUUAUCAUCACCAAAGAGCUUCAAAUGUCUGCUUCAAGUGCCAGACAAAGGUAUCUCGCAUACCUUGAUGACCAGAGGAAGGAAAACGAAAGCAAAACAAAAGCCUCCAAGAAGAGGAGCCUAGCAGAUGAACUCAAAGAACUGAGGCAAAAAAAAAUGCGUCUUGAGUCUGACAUUCAACAGCUUGAGAAGUCAGCUGAUGAAUUGGCUAUGAAGGCUGAAGCAACACACAGUAUAGGAUUUGUUGUUCAGUCAAACAGCCUGCGGCACUCUGCCAAAGAAAAGAGAGCAAGCUUAUUAGCUUUGGACAAGGACAUUGAGUGCAAAAAGAAAAAAAUGGAAGAGUAGUCCUGAUGAUUAUUUUGAUUGUUACAAUUGUUGCGGAAUUUAUUUGAUUGCUGAGGGGAUAUGUUGUGAACAAAUGGACAAGUACUCAACGUAGGUUAACGUUUCAUAUUAUUUCUCACCUUCACAGAGUACGAACGGAACGGAGGGCUGUUUCACUGCAGUGUUUUUUGCAUUAUGUUUUAAUGUAAUGUGUUACAUGCAUAGGUAUCGUGAGUACAACCCUUAGCUUUGGGCUACAGUCUAGGUGUUUGCUCUGGGAAUUGUUGUUAUAUACAGUAUGAACACUGGUGGUAGCGAC